CUCAGGAUACAGCCCAACACCCCCGAACCAGGGUUCAGCUUAGCACCGCGUCUGGGUGGUUUUGCAGCGUUUUACCUGACGGGAUCAAAGUGGGCAUUUUGAUUUAGGAACGAUUUCUUUUUCUUCAGCGUUGACUGGAAUCAUUUUCACACCCAGGUGUUUGACUUAGCAGGACCCUUUGGGCUCUUUUUCCGCUGUUCCAGCUCCAUUGAGGAACUUAACGUGGAGACUGAGGUGCUUUAUUUUUCUUUGAUUUAUCGGUUAAAUCCUGAGGAGGCAAGCAGGAUGGACUUCACUUACCUCUGGCUCCUCGCCACCACUCUGAUGUUGAUCCACCAGAAUCAAGCUUCUUCCCUCUCUGUUUCGGGCCCUGCAGCGGAGGACGGCGCCCUGGUGCAGCUCAGCCACACGGCCCACCGGAGGGAGAAGCGCUGCUCCUGCGAGAACCAGAAAGACAAAGAGUGCAUUUUCUUCUGUCACAUCGGCAUCGUCUGGGUGAACACCCCGAGCCACGUGGUGCCUUAUGGAUUUGGUUCAGUGCGUCUCAGGAGGGAACUCAGCCGCUGCCACUGCUCAGAUUCACAGGACGCCAGGUGCCUGAGCUUCUGCUCCACCGAGACACAACCACAAGAUGAAAAUGCUCUUGUGAAGAGGAAGACUGACAAACGAAUGAAGAGGUACAGAGCUGCAUUCUGGGAAAAAAGGAGCAGACACGCCCUCAAACAUCAGACCUGAGAGAGAAGAGGCACAACAGUAACAGCAGCUCUUCUGAACGGAAGUCCUAAUGUAUCAGAAAUAUCAAAUAAUGGACCCUUUAGAUCGUCCGUACACUUCGGACGUGUACAGUGUUUGUUUGUGUAAAUGUAAUGGUGGUGAAGUGUUGGGAUACAUGUGUGACCACUGACAAGCUCAUCUUGACAGCAUUUGGCUGAUGUCUUCAUCCACAGCAGCAUAAGCAGCAGCUCACUGUCCAGCUCAGAUACUUUAAGAGUUGAAGGAGUCGAACCUGUGACCUUUACUGUUAUUAGAUGAUCUCAGCUGUGGGACAGAAAACACACAGUCAAAUACGACACCAGUGUUCUCAGCUGAAAACCUCACAAUUCCAAAAUCACCGAAACUUCUGAGUUUGUCUGAAUGAGUUAAAACACAGAAGAACGUCUGCAGACCUGUUUGAGGCAAUUACAGCCAACAGUUACACAAAAAGUAAUACAGUAAUCUAUUAUUCUGCCAGGCAAGGACCAUUUUAAACCUCAUGUGAAGCAUUCUGAGAUCUUCCAGGGGCUCUCUAGUAGAUAUCAGGAUUCAGGAGAAAAAGUUCCAACAUUCUGUGGAAAAGUUGUCAUUUAAUGAAGUGAACUUUAUGAGAAGGUUGUAGUUGGAUCGAACAAAGUUGUGAUAUUACAAGAUAGUUGUGACUUUAACAGAUGAAAACAACCUUUUUUAUUAUAGAUUAAGACUUUUGCAGGUAAAGACACCAUAUUUGAUGAUAUUACAAGAAUAAAGAGUACAUGCCUUAUGUUAUAACUAUAUUAUUUAGUUUGUAUUAAAUGUGCAUGAACACAAUUUAUAGAUGUUCGUUUAUUUAUGGUUGUGAAAUUACAUUUAUCUUGAAAUGACUCUUGAUGCAUCUUAAUGUGUAAAUAUUGCAGCAUUUUUACACAAAUUCUGACUUUAUCUUGAAAUUUAAAGACUUUUUGGUAUAUUUGCUAUUUUUUUCAUAUGAACGCAGCUUGAUCUUGUAAUAUAUUGACUUUUUUCUUAAAACACUACAUUUUUUCCUUUGCAGUCGGUUAGUACAGCGCCAGAUUUAUCCGGAAAUGGAAAAUUUUUCUUGCAGAAUCUAAAUUUGUUCUUAAAAGAUUACAACUUCUUCACAGAAUUUGUCACCUUUGCUUGUAUAUUUUCAAUUAAUUGCAGUUUCAUCCUAUAGUAUUAUUAGAUUUUUUCAAAAAACAUGAAAAGUUUCUCUUCAAAAUGUUUAAACUUUACUCCUGAAAUCUCCGAUUUAUUUCUGUCUACUAGUGCCCCACGUUUUUCUAGGUUUGACUGACGAAGAAUAAGCUGUUAUGAACAUAAUGAGAAGUAUAAUGUGAAUCGAGUGCUUUCUUGUACUGAGCGGUUGCUGUUGGUACUGCUGCUAGCUUAGCUGUUAGCAUACAGAAGUAUCAGUGAUCCUUAUUAUUUUGCUGCAUCAGAAAAUGUAAACAAAACAAAACAUGGAACAUUGAAAUGUUGCUGCAUAAAUACUUUCAUCUGCAUAGUUUCUGCUUAAUUAUGACGUCGCUUUUCUCGGGUGAACACACUGCAAACUAAAAACCUGUCUGGAGUCAGUAUGUUGUUUGGAGUUUGGGCUUAUGUUUGAAAUCAACUUAAAAAAGAAAGCUAAUGGCUUAAAAAAUGUUUGCGAAGGAUAAAAUUGAGCAUAAACCUGGAACCGCUGGUCAGAUCGUGUCAAUUACUCAAAUUUGAAUUGGAGUUGUGAGGUUUUCAUAUGAUGUCAGAGCUUUACAAAUCACUGUCUGAAUGUGAAUAAUAAUAUAGUAUAUAUAGUAUAUAUAUAUUAACCAUGUCGCUGUUUGUCUUUAUUUAUAUUUGUUAGCACCUUUACUUAAUCCUCCAACGUGUCAAAGCGUCCCUGACAUGAAAUGAUGCAAAGACGUGGGACUGUAAAACAGAAAUAUUUAUUUAGUGUAUAUUCGUCCUCUACAAAUAUGAAAUAUAACCAUUUAAGUGGAUCAGUACCAUCAUCACUGUCAUCAUCAUCUCCUCAGAAGUUAGUAUCUGUAGUUCCCUACAUUCAAAGACCACCAGGUGGGAGAAAGUGUAGUAAAGCAUUUUGUGGAACAUCCAUCCAUCCAUCAUCUAUUCACUGCUUAAUCCUCACUAGGGUCAU